UGUGCCUUAUACAAAUGCUGUGACGAUGGAGUUGAGCUGCGCUGAAGUACCUCUUUAUGGACAGGUGACUAUCAGUGCAAAAUUUGACAAAGAUGUUUACCUCCCAGAGGACGCCGAGUUCUACUUUGUUUAUGAUGGAUCCCUGAAGAGGCACAUAAUGUUUGCUGAGCGAGUUAGUGACAAUGCUCUUCGGUCCGUUGUUCCAGGCCAUGGAUGCCAAGAAGCAGUUUCUGUCUCUGUGUUAAUGUACACAAAGGGGUACUCGCCUGUGGUCCUUGGCAGCUGUCCUGUCACUUACAGAGAGAAUCUGUCUUGCAAGUUGUCUCGCUUUCUGGUCAAUCACGCAGAAUGUGUCACUGCCGCUAGUCACAAGAUGUUGCUGGAUAAGUUUGGGCUAAGGAUAAAAGAUCUGCAGUCCCUGGAUAACGAUUUGAUGAUGGCUGUUGCUCAUGAAGAAUUGCCAUCGACCUGGAACGUCCUUGGAAGCUGCUCAGAAGAUGAGCCUAAACACAAAGAAACUCUCCUCCACCUUGUGAUGAAAUUGGGCUUGGUUAAACUUUCCCAGUUCUUAGCAGCCCAGCCUGGAGGGUCAUCAGCAUUAGCAUUACCUAAUGAGGAUGGAGCAACACCAUUAGAUUUGGCUUUACAAAAUGGGCACUCCAAACUUGUGGAUGUCUUCACAAAUUUCCAGGGCAGUCACUCGCUUGACGUUUCAAGAGCGGAGAUCAGUGAGGGUGCUUGCGUGCAGUUUGUUCAUUCAUCAGGAACUCUGACGCUGACAUUUAGCCACACCACACAGCACUUGCUGGAGUCGGACAUUAAGCUCUUCAGAAAAUACUUCUGGGACAGACCUCUUCUUUACCAGAGUAUUAAUUCAAACCAAGUUGAGACAGUGGAAGGUCCAAAAAUGCCCUGCAGUACAACAAGCUCUGUAGAAGGUCCUGUGAACUUGGCAUCUGAUGAAUUGUCCCAGGAUGAUAUGAAGCCUUUCCGAGACUCUGUGGUUCCUUCUGAAGAAAAUGAAGAUCAUGUCCUGUUGGGCAUAGAGCAGAGACACUCUACCCUUGAUGUUCUCAGGAAACUCAAGGCUCCACCUACUUUCUUUGCUGCAGCAAGGCUUUCCGCCAUGCUGAGUGGAAGUGAUGAAGUAUACGCAAACUGCAUGGUAGUAGACCAAGCUGGAGAUUUAAAGACUAACUACGUUCAUGGAGAUGGUGGCAGCAGUGAAACAUGUCUGAAUCCCACCAACUCAAUCCCGAUGGCUAAGAGCUCUUCGUCUCCUUCCCUUGAGGAGAGUGACCAAUACAUAUAUGUUCCCAAUGAAGGAAAUCAAAGGCCAAUGAAAAAUGGAGAAAAUGCAGGUUUAAGACAUACUGUUUCACCUUCUGAUCUGUAUGGGGCAGAUUCAUACCUUCCAUUCAAGAUCCAUGGAUUUAUUAAGGAUGGGGGCCGACUUUAUGCUGACAUGAAAAAAAGAAGUUCAAGUCUCGAUGACCUUGAAGUAGACGGUGGAAGUGGAGGUGUUUCGGACAGAUCCCACGUUCACUACCCUCCCCUUGACUCUUCAGAGGCCAUGGCUUGUAGCAGAGAUGGAUUAGACUUAUCUACCAGUCUGCAGCCCAAGGAAUGCAUAGUGUCUGGGAUUCGGUCGCGCUCCUAUUCCUGCUCCUCGCCCAAAGGUUUAUUAGGAAGACCUCGCAUUCCUCGGGACUUCGCAGCUGGGGAUUUGAAUGAAGAUGGUGUGCUCAUGAACAGUGGUCGAUUCCUCCUCCAGGCUCUUUCACUCUCUAAGUCAUUGUCUCUGCUCCACCCUUGUAAGCGAGCAUACAGUCUGCCAGAGCAGUCCCGAGAGAAAAGGAUUCAGGAGGAGGAAUGGAAUAAAUAUAUGGUACCCUCAAAAAAUGAGUCUGAAAAAUGUAAAGUGAGUCGGACUUUCAGCUUUCUGAUGAACAGAAUGACCAGCACACGGAGUAAGUGCAAGACAAAAAAUAAAGAUACCAAAGAUAAAGAGAAACUGUACAAGCACAAUUUUACAAACGGGACCUUCUCAGGAGUUAUCCCGUGCAUGGCCUGUGAAAAGGCCCUCCUAGGAAAGGAGUCACUGCAGUGCUCCCAUUGCAACGUGAUUGUGCAUAAGAGCUGCAAGGAGUGUGCUCCUGUGUGCACCAAGAAAUCCCAGGAGAGAUACCAUAAUAAAAACAAACCCCAAGCUGGUGUAACAAAUUCCCUGCCUGGAGACAUUUCACAGACAGUGCUCUCCCCAGUGCAUUCUUCUUCCUCUGUGCCUAUUGGACUGUCUGCUGGAAGGAGGGAAGCCUUGCAACAGUCCCACUUCUUGUCCAAAAGUGUCCCCAGUGCCAGUUUUGAAAGAUCUACACCAUUUUCUGAACAAGACUCUGAGACUAGCACCUGGAGGUCCAAGUCACGGUCUGAAGAGAUGUUGCAAGCAUUAGGGACCUAUUCUUCAGUGGAUCCUUUUAUGAUAGAAGAUGGUGUGGAUUUUUCUCUGUGGACUGAUCUCCGCACAGAUGCACAAGAGUUUGAGGCAGAGUCCUGGAGUCUUGUUGUGGAUCCAAUGUUCUGCAGCAAGCAAGAAAAGGAUGUCAUCAAGAGGCAGGAUGUCAUUUUCGAGCUGAUGCAAACAGAAGUGCAUCACAUCCAUACCCUCUUCAUUAUGUCUGAAAUAUUCAGAAAAGGGAUGAAGGAAGAACUGCAGCUAGACCACAGCACCGUGGACAGAAUAUUCCCCUGCUUAGAUGAGCUACUGGAGAUGCACAGUCAAUUCUUCUGCAAAAUGAAGGAGAGACGGCAGGAAUCAUGUGAGGCGGGGAACGAACGUAAUUUUGUCAUCAGCAGAAUUGGAGACAUCCUUUUGCAGCAGUUUUCAGAGGAAAAUGCAACUAAAAUGAAGAAAAUAUACGGAGAGUUUUGCAGCCACCAAAAAGAAGCUGUUAAUCUCUUCAAAGAGUUGCAACAAAACAAGAAGUUCCAGAACUUUAUUAAACUGAGAAAUAGUAACCUGUUGGCACGACGCCGAGGAAUCCCUGAGUGCAUUUUGCUCGUCACCCAGCGAAUCACCAAAUACCCUGUUCUGGUUGAAAGGAUAUUGCAGUACUCAAAAGAAGGAACAGAAGAACAUAAAGACCUGUGCAAGGCACUUUGUCUUAUUAAGGACAUGAUUGCAGCAGUAGAUUUGAAAGUGAAUGAAUAUGAGAAAAAGCAAAAGCUGCUGGAAAUUCUCUGCAGAACUGAAAACAAAACAUAUACAAAGCUGAAAAAUGGUCAUGUUUUUAGGAAGCAAGACUUGAUGAGGAAAGAGAGGAUACUUCUUCAUGAAGGUUUAGUGUACUGGAAGACAGCAACUGGUCGUUUCAAAGACACCUUAGCUCUGCUUCUAACUGAUAUGCUACUGUUCUUACAAGAAAAAGAUCAAAAAUACAUCUUUGCAGCUGUUGACCAGAAGCCUUCUGUUAUCUCCCUUCAGAGACUCAUAGUAAGAGAAGUAGCCAACGAAGAAAGGGGGAUGUUUCUGAUUAGCGCUUCAUCUGCAGGGCCUGAGAUGUAUGAGGUUCAUACCAACUCCAAAGAGGAACGUAACAACUGGAUGAGGCAUAUUCAAGAUGCAGUGCAAAGUUGUCCAGAGGAAGAAGAAGAAGGAAAAAUGAGUGAAUCUGAUGAGGACAGACGUAUUGCUGAGGCCAAAGCAUUCAGAAUUCAGAAAUAUCAAGAAUCACUGAGUAACCAGGACCAGCAGAUCUGUAGUUAUUUGGAAGAGAAGUUGCAUAUCUAUGCAGAACUGGGAGAUAUGAGUGGGUUUGAGGAUGUUCAUGUAGAACCUCACCUCCUUAUCAAACCUGAUUCUGGAGAAACUCCACAGGCUGCUUCAUUGCUGGCAGCAGCACUCAGAGAAGUUGAAAGUCUCCAUGUUGCUGUAACGACAUCACAAGUGAGUGAAACAGACACAUCACCAGAGGAAAGUAUUGAGGAAUUAAGUGUGAAGCACAGAUUUAGUGCCAAUGAAAUCUUGGAAUCUGUUCCUGGUGAUGCAGAAAUAAAAGAAGGUGAAGAAUCAUCUGAAGUCAGUCUCAGUGUUGAAAAGGAAAUGGCAUGUGCCAAUCUAGAGGAUAAGGGAGGAAGUAUGAGUUUCCCAGGAUCUACAGGAACAGAGAUUGUACAAGCAAUCCAGAACUUAACCCGUCUCUUGUACAGCAUACAGGCAGCACUAGCUAUCCAGGACAGCCACAGAGAGCUCCAGAGGUUACUCCUGCAAGAGAAUGAGAAGACCGGUCGGGGCUAUGGUUCUCGGCUAAACCUCCUUCUGGAACAAGAAAAAUACCGGAAUCUGGAAAAGCAAAGGGUGGAGCUGGCCAACAUACACAAACUGAAGCAGCAGUUUCAGCAAGAGCAGCAGCGGUGGCUGCGUGAAUGCGACCAGCGACAGCGCGAGCAGGAGGCGAGGGAGGGCCGGCUGGGGCAGCGGGAGAGGGAGUGCGGGUGCCAGGAGGAGCUGCUGGAGAGGAGCCGGCAGGGACUGGCGCUGCAGCUGCAGGAGUACCAGCAGAGCCUGGAGAGGCUCCAGGAGGGCCAGAAAAUGGUGGAGAGAGAAAGGGACAGUGUGAAAAUGCAGAAGCAGCUCCUCUGGCACUGGAAGCACAGUCAGCAAAGUAGCCUGUUGUCACCCACUAUGAGGAGCUAUGAGAUAAUGGGACACAAUCAAUCGGACAGCUUACAUGACGAAAAUACAUUCUACUUAAAUGAAGCUGUAGUGUGUGUGUCCCUAAGCAGUCUCAACAGAUCAGAUUCUUCUCUUCUUUAUGAGGAUGGUGUGUGUGGGCUGAACAUCUCAAAUUCUGAUAUAGCACGGACUAGUGAAAAUCAGGUGGACCUCAAAAUGGACACUUCUUGUCAGCCAGCAUUAACCAGUGCACUGUGGAAAUCCACUGGUUCUUACCAGCAGAUGUCUUUUUCCUGCAAAAGCAACAAGGAUGCCUUUAAUAAUGAUCUGAACGCAUCACAGACCCAGGGUCCCCCAGCAAGCAUUCCAAACCAGGAAUCCAUGCAGCCACCACGGGUAGACGCACUGCUGCUGAACCACCAGCCUGAGAGCCUGCAGGAUGCAGAAAGUGGAGACAAAGUAGAGGAGAGGAUUGUUUACCUCUGAUAGCUCGCUUUUGAAUCUCAGUAGCACUUUGGAAAUAAAAUUUUGUUUGCUUGUCUAAAUGUCCGUAGUUGCUCUCUGUAUGACCAAAUGGCUUUAAGGAUAGUAUUUAAUAUUCAGUGCAAGAUUUUCCCCAUGAUAAAUAUAACAAUUAAGUUAUUUUGAAGCCUUUGUUUUAUAAUCGUUAAUUUAUGACAUGAUUUCAAAUGCUUUGCAAGAAGCAAUGGGUAGCAGGGGAGACGUAACAUCUUGGAAUUGCAAAGAUGCCACCAAAAGCUGUGAAAGCUAGUGUCGAUUUUCUCUUGGGUCCUCUUUUUAAAAGGGCAAGCUAAGAGAGAUGGGCCUGCUAUUUGAGAU